UGUAAUCUUUGUUGAUUUGUGAAAUGUGACGCUUGUAUUGUAGCUGGUUGUAGCACUGUGUAGCCUGUGUUGUACUUUGUAAGUAGUACGGUGGUGCGUCCAGUUUAAUCGGUGAUCAUUGUUAUCGUUUGUCUACUGCAACAUUAGUGGUGAUUAAUUAGCUUUGAGUAAUCGUCCUGACAGAGAUAGAGAUUGUAGAUUACAAAUGCCUGUAAUCGAUCGGCCAGUUGAUUGAUAUACUAUACAAGGUGAGAAGCAAAGGGCAAAUUAUUCUUAGAGCAUAAUGUGAAUGACCGUAGAAUGCGCUCUCGUUGUACCGAGAGGGUAAAAAAUAAGAACAAUAAAUAAGUUAAAUAUAAACGAAGGGUGUAAGUGGUAAAAGUGUGACCACAAAGUGUAAAUAGAGAUGGGGGAGGCUGAAUCCGCUGACACGUGGUCGGUGUGGUUUCUGGAUGCGAUCCGGAAAAUUCGUAGCCAGAAGCAAAGGCCGAGUGUCGAGCGGAUCUGUCAUGCUAUCAGACAGCAUCACAAUUUUCACGAAGAAGAAAUAGGUGAACAUCUUGAAGUUGCUGUUAAACGUGGUGAUGUCCUUAAAAUAUUUAACAAAGGCCAGUCAUCAUAUAAAGACCCUGGAGGACUUCAGUCGAAGCCACUCAAGGUCACCAAGACAACGGAUUUAAGUAAAGUGCUGGGGAAAGCGGUUAGAGAACUUGGAGAACGAGAUGGAUCGACUCUUAAGAAUAUCGAGAAAUAUGUAAGGCAAAGUCACACGGUAGAAGAAGAAGCUGAAGGUGAUCUUCGGACAGCUCUGAGAUUAUCAGCUAAAAGAGCAGUAGACAGGGGACUUGUCAUUCAAGACGGUAGACUUUUUCGACAACCUGAUAGGCCGCCAGCUAAGAAAGUUGAAAAAGUUGAACCUGUAGAACCUUCUUCAAAGCUUCCUGCUCCAUUGCCGAUAUGUAGAGAGUGUUUGGCAACAACAGCAGUUGGAAACAACAAUAACACAAAAAAGAAUGUGCCUGAGAAGUUAAGUCGAUGUAGUGCGUGUGGUGCGGCAUUACAUUAUUCUUGUGCACCACCAGAACUUGCAAUUCUUGUUGAUCGUGGUGCUUCGUGGUCAUGUGACGAUUGUUCACCUACUUGUGCCGGGUGUCAACUUGAACGUGAAUCGCAAAACUAUUUAGUUAAAUGUGCGGCUUGCCCUAAGUGUUAUCAUCCAUCUUGUGUUGAUCCGGUAUUAGAUAAAAAAAGUAAAACACCUUGGAGGUGUAGACAUUGCUUAACACCACAUGGUAAUCAUCGUAAAGAAGAUAAUAAACGAACUCCAAAAAGUCAACAAACAGAGUCAAUUUCACAUGAUGAAACUAGUUCACCUACGAGUGCCAGAAAAAAAUUGAAUAAAAUUCGAGAAAAUCGAAAAUCAGCAGUGUCAAGAAAAUGUCCUAUUGUAACACCAGGAAAAAAAUCUGGAGUUGGAGGAGCAGGAAGUGGAGGAAAUGAAGGAGGUGGAGGAGUUUGCGGGACAGUGUCACAGGUGGACAGCAGCUCGGACGGUAAUGCGGGUGUUGUCUCCCUUCGUCAGUCACCCUCGAUUCCUAAUUCCCAACCAUCAUUAGUCCAGACCUCAAUCGCGGGCCAGGGUAGGCUACUCGAGGAAAAGAGUGAUCGGAUAUCUAAGGAAAAGCAAAAAUUCUUUAGGUCAAGCGCAUUCAAUGCGGAUCAUAGUAAAAUGAAACGGGCAAGUGGAGCGGGAGGAGGAGGAGGAAGUGGAGGAAACACAAAUAAUAAUAAAAAUAAAACUCAGUCAUCAACAGUUAGUCUUAAACCGUCCAAAGUUGGUAUUACAAAAAAUAAAAAAAAAGUGACGAGAAGAAAAUUGCCUGUAUUAUCAAGUACUAGUGAAAUCAGUGAUACAUCUAGCAGUAGUGAAAGUGAUAAUUCAAAUGCCAGCACCACCGACGAAGAGGAUGAUGAAGAUGAAUUAAAAACAAGUUCAAGUGAUUCGUCAAGUGAUUCAUCAUCUUCUGAUGAUAAUAUCAAAGAGAAACCAGUCUCCAAAUCAUCCGGUCCUUUCACGUGUAAUACCAAUGAGGAAAGUCCUUGGGGUUUUGCCGCAGCAGCAGCUAAAUUAAAGGUUGAAGCUCCUUUAUUUAGUAGUAUUAAUGCUUUUGGUUCAUCAUUGCCAAAACUUGAUGUUGGUGAAAAACCAACUUUCGGUCUUCAUAUUCAACCUGCUGCGAGUCCAGUAAAUUUCAAAAAAAAAUCAGCACCUGUGGAAAAAGUACGACCUGGUGUUGGACAAUUAAAAGGAUUGUACGAUGGUUUAAGUCAUUUUUUCUCAGCUCCAAGUAAUAGUAGUAGAGUUAGAGCAGGUGAUAAAGCUCCAAAUUACGCACCUGAUAGAAGAAAAAGACCGCAUACUAAUGAAGAACGAGAUAAAAAUGAAAAAACAAACAAAUUUCCAAAAGCUGAACAAAUACAGAAUAAACUCAAGGACAAAGAGAAGAAUAGUAAAGAAUCUAAAGAAUCAAUUGAAACGUCUGAAUUAAUAUUAACUGAAAAAAUCACAAAAAUGACUCCAUCUAAUCUUGUAAAAACAGCUGUGAAUACUAAACGCCACGAGAUGAGUAGACGUAGAACUAUGGGUGCCGUUAAAUGUGCCGAUUCCACUGAAACUAAAGAACAGAAGAAGAAAACUAUGGAUUGCCACCCUGAGCCAGCGGCAGUCCCAAGUCUUCAUAAUCACCAUCAUCAUAAUCAUGAUCAAGAUCAUAAUAGUCUUCAUAACAUUAAUCAUCAUGAUCAAAAUCAUGAAUCCAAAUCCAAUCCUGGUCACUCCAAAUCCUCCCAACCACGAGCCUGUGCUAGCGCCAACACCACCAACACCACCACGACACCCCGCGCGACACCCUGCUCCACCAGGAAGGAAGAAUCUGCAUUGAACCAGAGUCUUCCAUCGGGAGUAACUCAGAAGGACUUGGAACUUUUCAAGGAAGCUCGAGAACAAGCAAAUCGAUUAACAGCUGAUUUAAAUAAUGUCGAACCCAUUUCCAUCAGUCCUGGAGGUACAGGACUAAGUGCAGGCACCAGAAAUCCCGCGGCAAUUGUUUUUGGUCGUUAUGAAGUAGAAACUUGGUAUUCAAGUCCUUUUCCUCAAGAAUAUGCACGAUUACCAAAACUCUUCUUCUGCGAAUUUUGUCUCAAAUAUACGAAAAGUCGAGCAGUGCUCGAUAGGCAUAUGGAUAAAUGCCAAUGGAGACAUCCACCUGCUACGGAAAUUUAUCGUUGUAAUGAUUUAUCAGUUUUUGAGAUUGAUGGGAAUGUAAAUAAAAUUUACUGUCAAAAUCUUUGUUUGUUGGCAAAACUAUUUCUCGAUCACAAAACUCUUUAUUACGACGUUGAGCCAUUUCUCUUCUACGCAGUCACAAAAAAUGACAAAUAUGGAUGCCAUUUAGUUGGUUACUUUUCAAAAGAGAAACAUUGUCCUGCACAACGAUAUAAUGUUUCUUGUAUCAUGACUUUACCACAAUAUCAACGUCAAGGCUUUGGUAGAUUUCUUAUUGAAUUCAGUUAUCUUUUAUCGAAAGUUGAAGGUAUUCCGGGAACACCUGAAAAACCAUUAUCAGAUCUUGGACGAGUGUCAUAUCAUUCUUACUGGAAAAGUGUCGUACUAGAACAUCUAAAUGCUCACAGAGAUGCUAAAGAAAUAAAGUUGGGUGAUAUUACAAAAGAAACUGGAGUUUCGGCGCAUGAUAUAGCAACAACUCUCCAACUUCUUGGUUUUGUCAGAACUUUAGAUAAACCUGUAAAUGAUAUUCCAAAGGGGAAAAUUGCAAUAGCUGUAGAUUGGAAUAAAGUAGAUGCUCACAUGACCAAAGUAAAGAAAAGUUCUCGGAUUACUUUAGAUCCUGACUGUUUACGAUGGAUUCCACUUUUAACGCAAAUUCCAAACCCAUACCAUAGUCCUGAAGAAAAUAGUGAAGCAUCUCCCGAGGCAUCACCAACAGUUGAUUCCAAGCCUGUAACCGCAUUGAUGGAAAAAAUUCAAAAAGUUAAAAUUAAGAAAAAACCACGAGGACGAGGUAGAAUAGGCGCCAGAAAAUCCAAUGCAAUAAAACCUAAAACACCUCAGAAGCUUUCUAGUUCAAAGUCCAAAGAUGUUGAAAAAGAUAAUGGUAAUAUUGCAGAUGUUGAAGAAGAUGAAGACCAUGAAGAAGAGAAAGAAAAAAAUAACAAAAUUACCACGCCUAGAAAUUCGCGCAGCAUUAACAAUGUCAAGAGUACACCAAUUACAAACAGCCCAAAGACAUCAACUACGACGACACCUUCCAUUUCACGGAGACGAAUACGAACGUCAAAAACUCCUGUAACAGUGGAAACACGUUCAUUACCAGCUGUUACGCCUUCGAGAAAAAGAAAACUUUCUGAAAAGACUGAACAAGAUGAUAAAAAGACUUUAGAAUCAGGAAAUCCAAGAAAACGCACGCGAGAAUCUCAACGUGAAAAGGUGAAAGAAAAGAGAGAAGAAGCUGCAGAAGAACGGCAGCAUUCUCCAGUAAAACCCCUAAUUACUUUAGAACCUCAAAAAAUUAGGCAUAGUAAAUUGGAUGACAUUCUUAUGAAAGUAACCAGUAGACAAACUAAAUUAAUUCAAGCAAAACAAACAAGAGAACAGAAGAAAAUGGUAGUAGAGAGUGAGUCUAAUGAAAAGCAAAGUAAAGAGACCAAAGCUAAAGAAAAAAGUCUUUCAGGAUCGGGAAGAAGGAGAACCAAAACUACGGAUAAAGUUAAUGAAGUGAAAUCUUAUUCAAAAUCUGAUAAACAAGAAGUUAAUAGUAGUUCUACAAAAUUAUCUGCGACUAAUAUUACAACAACUAAAGCAAAUAAGCAUACUUCUAAACAAUUAACUAUUCCUGAAAUGAUACCUCCAUCACCUUCAAUUCAAAAAGACGAAACUUCUGAUCAAGAUAAGAAAGAAAUUAUUGAAGAAGUUAAAACAAUUGUAGAAAAUGAAAUACCUACUGCAAGUCCUGGAGAGUAUGAAGGAGGUGAUGAAGAUGAAGGUGAAGAAGAAGAAAAUGAUGAAGGAGAAGAAAAAGAUAAAAAAGUUCCGAUUGAUGACAAGGAGAAAGAGGCAGAUAGUGUAAAAGAUGAUAAAGAGAACGAAAAACGAUCGUCAUCACAAUCUAAGUCAAUUCUUUCAUCGCCUAAAAAUAUAUCUAAUAAAGUCAAGGAAAAUAUUGAUGAAUCAUCUGAGUUCAAAGAACAAAAUGAUUCACCUAUAUGUGAUGUACCUGAAGAAGAGCCUAAAGAAAAUAUUAAUAAUCAAGUUGAUGAAGUAAUAGAAGAGGUAAAAGAAAUAAAAUCUGUAGAAAAAACUACUCAAGAUCUGGAUGAGCUUGAUAAAAGUAUUCUUGAACAUGUUGAGAAGCUUCCUGAAUCAAAUGAAUUAACAUCGAAACCAGUAUUACCGACAGAAUUUGAAGAAUCUAUCAAAGAAACUAUUACGUUAAAUAUAAAUGAACGAGAAUGCAAUAAAGAGAUUAAUGAUAAACAAGAAGAAUCUUUACCACUUAAACAAGAAAAUCAAAUACAGCAACAAGAGUUACAUGUAGAGAAACAACAACGAACAGAACAAGAACAACAACAACAACAACAACAACAACAACAACAACAACAACAACAACAACAAAUCCAACAGCAGCCUUUUGAAUAUUUAAAGGAAGUGAAAGAAAUAGAAGAAAAAAGUCCAAAUUCACCAUUGUCGGAAAUAUCAAAAGAAUCUCCACGAGCUCUGUCAGUACCAAUAGUUGUUAAAGAAAAUCCAUUAUUAGUUGAAGAAAAGAAUAAUACAAUAACUGUAGAAUCUAGAGAUGUAAUACAUAUUCCACAAGUAGUAACAGAAGAGAAACAACAUUCUCCAGAAAGUGGUAAAACUACGCCUCAUUUAGAAAAUUCUGCAUCAGUUAAACGAACUCCACCGUCUCAACCAGAUUUACCAUCAAUGGGAGUUUAUACUCCUGAUUCAACGACAAAUUCUGUUCAUUCACUCCAUUAUGGACAAUGUGAUCUUGAUGUUAGUCAAUUAGCUGGUUUAGAAUCACCAACGUCAAUAGCUAGUGAUUUAGCAUCUCAACAUAGUGUUGAAAGACCUCCGAGUGCAUUACCAUCAAUAUCAACAGCUGUAUCAGUAUCUCUUACUUCUAAUCCUAUUCAAAUACCAGCACCAACUUCUGUUUCUGGAAUAUCAACAUCACAGGUUCAUUAUGACUGUUCAAUGUCUCAGCAUCAAUCACACGUUUCAUUACAUUCAAUGCAUCAAUCUCUUCAACAACCGAGAACCCCACAAUCACAUACACCUCAGAGUAUUCCAACUCAAAGUCCACAACCGAUGCCUCAAUCUCAUACCCCACAACCAAUUACUCCAAUACCUCAAUCUCAUACACCUCAACCUAUCCCUCAAUCCCAUACUCCUCAACCAAUGCCUCAAUCACACACACCUCAGCCUAUAAUUCAAUCACAUACACAAAAUAUUCCAACACAAAGUCCACAACCAAUGCAGUUAUUGGUACAGCAACAGCCACAAAAUAUUCAACAACAUUCUCCUCAUCAAUCUCAACCACAGCAGACUCAGUCUCAAUCUCACAGUAGUAGCAAACGAGCUAAUGGUUCACAAACUCAUCGAUCAAGGUCGUCUAAUCAACAAAGUAGAUCUCAUCGAACAACUCCUCCAGCUUCUCAAAGUUCUUCUCAACAUCUUAGUGUUAAUCAUGCAACUGUUGCUCAUGGAACGUCAACGCUUGGAGCUCAAUAUCAACAACCUGGAUCUAUGAGUGUUCCAUCAGUACCACAUCCUCAUGGACAUUCUCAUUCACAUUCUCAUAAUAUGGCUGUUAUAUCUCAAGGAAAUUAUAUGGCAGUAGCAUCUCAAGCAUUUCCAUCACAAAAUACGUAUGUUAUUCAACACAGAAGUGGUAGAUCUGGUGCUCCAACACCUUGUACAACGGCUACAAAUUUUUAUAUUCAAACAAGUGCGAUGCCACCACACUCUCAUACACCUUCGCCGUCUCUUAGUGGUUCAAGUAAUCAUCAAGCGACUAAUUCUUGUAGCCUAGCAAAACUUCAACAAUUAACCAAUGGUUUAGAAAUGAUUCCACCAACUCCACCACCGGCAAUGAAUCUUACUCCACCACCUCCUAUUCCACACACAAUGACACCACCGCAGAAUACGAGACAAUUAUCAACUCCGCCUCAAGUUUCGUUAUAUCCGAAGAAUUAUUACAACGUUAAUAGUGUACCUCCUUCUGGAACACCAGGACCACCGAGUAGAUCGACAUCUAGAUCGUCUGCUAAUGCCAAUAUGACAUCAUUAACUCAAACUUAUCCUUCAGAGAGUCUUUACAGACAAACAUUGGAUCCUAGUAGUACAUGCCCGCAAAUGCAAAGUGCAGCUACUCGAGUUAGUCCAAAUGUUGCGUUAAAUACUAAUUUAAUGGCUGCUGCCCAAUAUGGUUAUCGUGUUACUCAACCAACAAGUGGAUACAUGAAUCAAGCAGCCGCACAAAUUGGUGGAUUCAUGAAUCAGGCUGGCCAAUUGCCAGUUGGAGUAGUUAAUGUUCCUACUCCGUACUCUCAGGAUCCCCAUCAACAAAAUGCAGCUGUUUAUACUACUUAUCAUGGAUACAUCAACGGAGGACUGAUGCAACCGUUGAAUGGAACUAUGCGACCUCGAUAAUCAAUCGAUAAAUUAUUGAACAGAGGAAUAAAGUUGCUGAUCAUAAGCAAUAAAUUUUUCAUUAUGAGGUUUUUCAUUUUUUUUGUUCACAAUUCCACUCAGUGAUGAGAAAGUUUUAAAGAAGCUUCUUUGCAAAUGAGUAUUUUUUUCAAGCUUCCUUUUUAAUGCGUUAUUACUGUAUGUUUGUGUAUAGUAUUUAUAUUAUAUUAUAGAUAUAUAAAUAAAUAAUUAGUUUAUAAGGAUUUUUUUGUAUAAAUGCAUUGAGAUUGAGAGAAAUAAUGGAGAUAGGAGAACGAGAGAAUAUAGAAAAAAAUAUUGUUUAGUAAAUGAAUAUAAUAAUAUAAUUAUUCAUCACUAUUAUUAAUAUUAUUAUUGUUGUUAUUAUUAGUUUUUUUUUCUAUUUCUCUCGUCUUUCUUGUUACAGGCAAAUUGUACUUUAUUCUGUAUCAUAGUACACACACACACACUUGGCUCUAUAAUCAGUCAAUUUAUUGCUCGUUAAUUACUUGAUUAUAUAAGAUUAAUAUAAUUAAACAUUCAUCUUUUUUAACGAAUGCUUUUAUAAUAAUUUCAAAUUAUUAACAGCAAUAACAAAAAUAUACAUAUAAGCAUAGGAAACACAAAGGAAAAUUCAAUGCAGAUAAGAUAGAUAAACCAAUAACACACUUGAUACUUCAGAUCUUUAAAUUUUUAUCACUAGACUAGAUAAUAAUAAUAGUAAUAAUAAUGAUAAUAAUAAUUAAAAUAGAAAUAAUAGUGAUUAUGAUAAAUGACAUUACGGCAGCUUUUAACUUGAAAAAAAAAAUCGUUAAUGUUUAGUAUACCUCAAAGAAAUAAUUACAAAUGAACUAUUCUGCAAAACGUCAAAUUUGCACAUUACGAUGUCAUUUAAAAUAUUUUUGAGAUUAUUUUGGUAAUGCUAUAUUUUAAUUUAUCAUUAUUGUUGUUAUUAUUAUUAUUAUUAUUAUUAUUACUGUUAUUAUUUUAACAACCAAUUAAUUUUAACAUAAUUAUUUCAAAUCUACCUGAUGAGGAAGACAUUUUGCUGAAUAGUAGUCUAAUUACAUAUUACCAUAUAUUUAUGAUACUUGCAGUCUUGUAGAAAAUGUAUUUUUUCUUUUUUAUGAACAGAAAAAAUUAAAAAAAAAAAAUGAAUGAAAC